UCUAAAUAAAUAUGCGUUUUAUAAGAAAUAUAAUAAUAUUUGCCGGAUAUUGAGAGUUCUGAAUUUGUUGAGAAAUGUGAAUAAAAACAAACUAUUUGGAUUUUAUUUAGUCUUGAACUCCCAAUCAGUUGUUCAUUAAGGGAAGAUCUGUGCUAUUAAACAUGUCUUUGCUAUACGUGCUUUAUGAGCAUGCAGCAGGGUUUGCUCUGUUUCGUGUGAGCGAAUUUGAAGAAAUUUCGAUGCUUCUUCCUCAAGUAGAGGCCUCAGUUACUGAUUUAUCAAGAUUCAAUGCUAUUGUGAAGCUGGUCGGGUUUUCUCCAUUCAAGACAGCAGUUAGCGCUUUAGAAAAUAUCAAUAGUAUUUCAGAAGGUAUAGUACCAAAAGAUUUAUUAUUAUUUUUGGAUACUACUUUACCAAAACCUGGGAAGAAAGAAAAAUUGACGUUGGGUGUUGCAGAUGCAAAACUAGGCGCUGCAAUUACUGAAGCACUUAGCAUACAAUGUAAUCACAUUGGACCAGUACCUGAAAUCAUAAGAGGUAUUCGUUUUCAUUUUCCAAACUUGGUAAAAGGAUUCACAGAAAAGUCUGCAGGUGUAGCUCAACUUGGUUUAGGUCAUAGUUACUCCAGGGCCAAAGUUAAAUUUAAUGUUAAUCGUGUGGAUAACAUGAUUAUCCAAUCAAUAGCAUUAUUGGAUCAACUUGAUAAAGAUGUUAAUACAUUUUCCAUGAGAAUACGCGAAUGGUAUUCUUACCAUUUCCCAGAGUUGGUCAAAAUUGUUCCUGAUAACUACAUGUUUGCUAAAGUUACACAAGUAAUUAAAGAUCGUAAGACUUUAACACAAGAUAGUUUAGAAGCUCUGGAAGAAAUAGUCAUGGAUUCAGCUAAAGCUCAAGCAAUAAUUGAUGCAUCUAAGUCAUCAAUGGGAAUGGACAUCAGUGUUGUUGAUUUGAUGAAUAUAGAAAUGUUUGCAGGCAGAGUAGUUAGAUUAUCUGAUUACAGGAAGCAGUUGGCCAAUUACUUACAUUCCAAAAUGGUAGGUGUGGCACCAAAUUUGGCUACUUUAAUUGGUGAUCAAGUGGGCGCAAGGCUUAUAGCUCAUGCAGGAAGUUUAACAAAUCUAGCUAAAUAUCCUGCCUCCACAGUCCAAAUUUUGGGUGCUGAGAAAGCUUUAUUCCGUGCUUUGAAGACCAGGGGUAAUACUCCAAAGUAUGGUCUGCUAUUUCAUUCUACAUUCAUAGGCAGAGCUGGUAUGAAAAAUAAGGGAAGGAUAUCGAGAUACUUAGCUAACAAGUGUACUAUUGCAUCAAGAAUUGACUGUUUCUCAGAGAAUCUAUGUAGUGUUUUUGGGGAAAAGCUUAGGCAGCAAGUUGAAGAUAGAUUGAAGUUUUAUGAAUCUGGUGAUGUUCCUGCUAAGAACAUUGAUGUUAUGAAAGAAGCUAUUGAAUUAGCAGCCCAACAAAUUCCUGAAGCUGAAGCUGAAGCUGAUCUUUCAGUUUCUGAGAAAAAGAAGAAGAAAAAAGCAAAAAAAGAGAAGCGUAAACAUGAAGAAUCUGAAGAAGUUGUUCAUGAAAAUGGGGAUAAUAAUGGUGAUGCUGACGAAACAUUAGAAAAUGGUGACACAGAAGAACCUAAAAAGAAGAAGAAGAAAAAGAAGGAUAAGAACCAAGAGUAAGGCUUUAAUUUUGUUGCAAGAGUAAUUUUAA